CCCCCACACCCCCCCACUCCCCUGGGCCAAGGCCAUGUACGCACCACAGUAUCCCUUUGCGCCGGGUCCUAAUGCGCCUCCUCCACCGCAACAACAACAGCCUGGCUACAUCCAGAAUCCCGCGGCACAGCAGCAGCAGAUGAUGUAUAACCCUCAGCAGGGCCAACAAUUCGGGGGGAUGCCGAUGGGUGGCGGCCCGCAGCAACCGCCUUACGGCCCCGGUAUGAAUGGGCCCAAUAUGGUGCCAGGCCCAAACGCGGUGAUGAUGCAGAAUGGCGGCGCCGGAAUGCCGCAUAUGGGUCCGGGAAACAAUGGCAUUGCAUCCUACCAGACGCCCUACAACAACUCCCCAUACGGCAUGCAAGGUGGCGCGCCAUCCUCUGGUCCUCAACAACAGGCUUUCCUCCCCGCUGGCGCGAAUGCUGCACAGUCAAGCUUCGUCCAGCCAGCGCCUCAGCAGCGUAUGCACACCCCUCAGCAGCACCAAAAACAGCAAAUGGGAACGCCACAGCGUGGUUCUUCAUACGGUUCUGUCCCCGGACAACACACGACACCACCGCAUACACAGGCCCCGUCGCAGUUUAUGCCUCCUCAGCCAGGAACACCGCAGAUGGCGAUGCCUAUGCAACAGCAGCCGCACGCGCAGCAGGGACAGCAAGGGCAGCAGCCGGUGCAACAAUCAGCGGGGCAGACGCCAGUGACGCCGUCGUUGCCCACGUCGGCUGGGGCUAUGUCUACGCCGUUGAGCCCUGGGUCUGAAGUGAGGGAGAAGGAUAGGGUUAGCCUGCUGUUGGAUAUAAAUAGGGUGCUGUUGAUGGAGGUGAUGCGGCUACAAGCGGUGCAGGCGGAAGCAAAGGCGAAGGUUGAGUCGGACGACAAGAAGGAUGAGAAAGAGGACGGGGCUAAGGGAGCGAAGGACAAAGAGAAGGCGAAGGAGAAGCCUAAGAUUGAUCCUGUUACGGGCAAGGAAUUCGUGGAAUGCAUGCGGAGGAUACAAUAUAACCUUGCAUACCUCGCCGCCAUCGCUGACCGGUCACACAAACCGUCAUCACAGAUCCCACCUCACCCCGCCGUCAUCUCGGCACCGUCUCUCACCCCCCUCCCCAAACCCGCUGCCUCGUCGGCAACCUCUCCCAAUGGCUCAGUCAAAAGCACCGAUUGCGCCGCAGACACCGAAGUCGAAGACCGCGCCGAGACCUUGAAGAAACAAUACAAGCGCCUCCAAGAGCUCUUCCCCGGCGUGGACCCCAAGAAAGAACCGACCGUGCAACCCGCACAAGCAGCUCAAAAGCAGCAACAACAACAGCAACAGCAGCCAGGCCCCUCGGCCCCGCAAAAGGCCCAGAUGGCAGCGCAAAUGCAAGCGCAGCUCGCGCAGAUGAGCCAGGCGCAGAAGAUGGAAUUCAUGCAGCGGAAGGGUAUGCAGCAGAUGUCCCAGCAGCAGCCGAAUGCGCAACAGCAACAGCAGUUGCAGCGGAUGAGGCAACAGCAACAGCAACAGCAGCAGAUGCAGCAGCAGCAGCCUGGGUGGCGGCCUGGGCAGCCGGGAGGACCGCAGCAGGGAGGGCAGCAGCGGAUGGGGCCGGGGAUGCAGCAGGGUGCUGGGAUGGAUAUGGGAGGGAUGGGGAUGGGAUCGCCGUCGGUGCAGGGGAUGCAGCAGCCGGGUGGUCAGGGUCAGUAGAGCGACGAGUGUAGCCGCCCCAGGAUUGAGGGGCGUGAGAGCAAGAAUAAUCGCAGCAAGGACAGGAUUGUCAAAAAAGGUGUACAGGGGGGAAGCAGCUUAACGGUGUCUGGCAGCAGGAGCAUGGCGUCUUUAUGAAAGGAGGAAAAUGGAGAUGGGAAAGGGGGGGGCACGGGGAUUCAUAAUCUAUUUUUGUGUCGACGGGAAGGGGCUUUUAUACCUUGGACAGAGCGCGCGAGUUGGGGUUGGCUAUCUGUACAUUUUAUUUGAAUUCAGUUGCUGGAGUAGGUGCUGGGAUUGGUUGGGGAUGUUGUGUACCUUACCGGGGUCCCAGCCAAAUUUUUAAGAGUGGUGGGACCGUUUUAAGGCCGUUCGGAAAAAAGAGCGGGCAGCCCACGGUUUCCUGGUCCGUGCACCCAUGGAGGGACCGUUUCCUACACCAACCAUUCCUGAUCUCGAAUGGUUGAAGCCUUGAGUCAGUAAAUAGAAUGUAGAUAGUUGUAGAAUCAUGAAAUUGACUUACCGUUCUG